AUGGAGGAGGGAUCUGCUGAGGAGUUCCUCUUCAAAGACCAGGACUUCUCCUCCGAACUGCUGAGGCAGCUGAAUGCUCUGCGGCAGAGCGGGAUGCUGACUGAUGUUACUCUCUGCUCUGGAGGCUUUGAAGUCCCCUGCCACCGAAAUGUGCUGGCUUCCAGCAGCCCGUACUUCAAGGCAAUGUUCUGUAACAACUUCAAAGAGAGUCACCAGGCUAAAGUCAUCCUGAAGGGCAUUGAUGCUGAGAUUUUGGACCAGAUUAUCCUUUACGUUUACACAGGGGAGAUUCUCAUAUCUGCCGAGAAUGUCUUGUGCCUCUUGGAGACGGCGUCCAUGCUGCAGUAUGCUAAGCUGUUUGAGGCCUGCUCUGCCUACCUCCAAGACAAGCUGACUCCUGACAACUGUCUGAGCAUGAUCAGACUGUCAAAAAUCUUGAACUGCCAAAGCCUGAAUAAGAAAGCCAAGGCUAUGGCUUUGAAAUGCUUUCCUGAGGUGGCCUCUUCUGAGGACCUGAAGGACCUCUGUCCUUUGGAGCUCCUUGAUUACCUUGGGGACGAUGACCUCUGCGGGGAGGAGGAGCAGGUCUUUGAGACACUGAUGGUCUGGAUCCGGCAUGACCUCCAGGCAAGACAAGGAUACAUCCAAGACUUGUUCAAGAAGGUCCGGCUUCAGUACGUCCACCCAACUUUCCUUUUCCAUUUCAUCGCCAAUGACUCCCUUGUUCAGUCUUCACCCACUUGCAGGAGCAUUCUCGAAUCGGCCUGGAGACAGAUGUUUUCCUUGUACAGCACCAAUGCACCCGACAUCAAGCCCAUGGUGCAUGUUCCUCGCAGGUACUCCAACCAAGAGUUCCUCAUCAUCAUUGGUGGCAGGAAGGACAACAAGCAGACCACAAGGGAUGUCCUGCUCUAUGAUGACAAGACCAACCAAUGGCUAAGCCUGGCCAAACUUCCCGUGCGCCUCUACAAACCCUCUGCAGUGAGCUUACACAGCAAUAUUUAUGUGCUUGGAGGGAUGCCUGUUAGCAAUAAGAAAAGCCCAGUCAGUGAUAAUAUUUACAUUUACUCCCUCAAACUCAAUCAGUGGAGGUUGGUUGAGCCCAUGUUAGUUCCACGUUACUCCCACAGAAGCUUGGCAUAUAAAAAUUAUAUUUUAUCAUUUGGCGGAAUUGGUGAAAACCAAGAAAUCCUGAAUUCCGUGGAAAGAUAUGACAGCAUCUACAACACCUGCGAGAGCAUGGCAAACAUGCCUGUUGCUGUCCUUCACCCUGCUGUUGCUGCUAAAGACCAGAGGGUUUACCUCUUUGGGGGAGAAGACAUUAUGCAAAACCCCGUUCGGCUUAUCCAGGUUUACCACGUCUCCAGGAAUACAUGGUUUCGGAUGGAGACCAGAGUGGUGAAGAAUGUCUGUGCACCAGCUGCUGUGAUUGGAGACCAGAUUAUCAUCGUAGGAGGGUACACCCGGAGAAUAAUUGCUUAUGAUACAAAAGGCAACAAGUUUGUUAAAUGUGCAGACAUGAAGGACAGGCGAAUGCAUCACGGGGCCACUGUCAUCAAGAACAAGCUGUAUGUCACAGGAGGACGGUGUCUCACUGUGGACAACAUCAUCGAAGACUCGGAUUCCUUGGACUGCUAUGACCCAGAGACGGACACAUGGACAACGAAGGGAAAACUGCCACACAAACUCUUUGACCAUGGGUGCCUUACACUCCAGUGUGUCCCCUGUUCUAACCUUCUCUAAAUGACUUUUGGUACAUCCCAGGACAUUCCUGGUGUUUUCCUGAAAGGACCCGCCCUGCUCUGCACAGAGCACGUGGGGAAUCCUCAUGGAGUCUCACAAACUCCUGUUCUUGAAG